GGAAGUUGUGGCCACGCCGUGUCAACCCGGGGGUUGCGGGCAGACAGUGCGGCUGCGACCGCGACCAUGGGCGGCAAGAACAAGCAGCGGACCAAGGGUAACCUGCGGCCUUCAAACAGUGGCCGAGCCGCAGAACUCCUUGCCAAAGAACAGGGAACGGUUCCCGGAUUUAUUGGUUUUGGAACAUCUCAGAGUGACCUAGGCUAUGUUCCUGCUAUUCAAGGCGCUGAAGAAAUCGACAGUCUUGUAGAUUCUGAUUUCCGAAUGGUGCUGCGGAAACUUUCUAAGAAAGACGUCACAACAAAAUUAAAAGCUAUGCAGGAAUUUGGAGCCAUGUGUACAGAGAGAGAUACAGAAAUUGUAAAAGGAGUUCUUCCAUAUUGGCCAAGAAUUUUCUGCAAAAUUUCACUUGAUCAUGACCGCCGGGUUCGAGAGGCCACACAGCAAGCUUUUGAAAAACUUAUCCUUAAAGUAAAGAAACACUUGGCUCCCUAUUUAAAAAGUUUAAUGGGAUAUUGGCUAAUGGCUCAGUGUGAUACUUAUACACCAGCUGCAUUUGCAGCAAAAGAUGCAUUUGAAGCAGCUUUCCCUCCGAGCAAACAACCUGAAGCCAUAGCAUUUUGUAAGGAUGAAAUUACAAGUGUGCUGCAGGAUCAUCUUAUAAAAGAAACACCUGAUACACUCAGUGACCCACAAACUGUUCCAGAGGAAGAAAGAGAAGCCAAAUUCUAUCGGGUUGUAACUUGUUCCUUAUUGGCAUUAAAGAAAUUGCUUUGCGUCUUACCUGAUAGUGAGCUCGAUUCUUUGGAGGAGAAAUUUAAGUCUCUUUUAUCACAGAAUAAGUUUUGGAAGUAUGGAAAACACAGUGUACCACAGAUCCGCUCAGCUUAUUUUGAGUUGGUUUCUGCUUUAUGCCAGCGCAUUCCACAGUUGAUGAAGGAGGAAGCAUCCAAAGUGAGCCCAUCGGUUCUUCUUAGCAUUGGUGACAGUGACCCCGUUGUCUGCCCAGCUCUCUGGGAAGCUGUACUCUAUACGGUUACAACUAUUGAGGACUGUUGGCUUCAUGUAAAUGCAAAAAAAAGUGUGUUUCCCAAGCUGUCAGCCAUGGUUCGUGAAGGUGGUCGGGGUCUAGCUACUGUCAUUUAUCCUUAUCUUCUGCCAUUUAUCAGCAAACUCCCUCAGUCCAUUACAGAUCCAAAGAUGGAUUUCUUCAAAAAUUUCCUCACCUCUCUAGCUGCAGGGCUGUCAUCAGAAAGAAUGAAAACCAGCUUUUCAGAGUGUUCAGCAGUAAUAUCUGCCUUUUUUGAAUGCUUACGUUUUAUAAUGCAGCAAAAUUUAGGUGAAAAAGAGAUUGAACAGAUGCUCGUCAAUGAUCAGUUGAUUCCUUUUAUUGAUGCAGUUCUCAAAGACCCUGUAUUAGAACAUGAGCAGUUAUUUAACCAUUUAGCAGAAACUUUAAGUUCCUGGGAAACCAAAGCAGACACGGAAAAAGAUGAUAAAAUGGCUUAUAACUUGGAGAACGUACUGCUAAAUUUCUGGGAAAGACUGUCAGAUAUCUGUGUCAAGAAAAUCAAUGAGCCAGAAGCUGAUGUUCAGUCCAUUUUGGGUGUGUCUCACCUUUUACAGAUCCUUCAGAAGCCAAAGAGCUCAUUGAAGUCAAACAAAAAAAGAAUUGGUAAGGUUAGAUUUGCUGAUGAGAUACCUGAAAGUAACAAGGAGAAUGAAAAAUAUGUAUCUUCAGAAGGAGAGAACAGUGAAGGUUCUGAAUCGACUGAACUUUUUCUUACUCAUAAUUCUUCAGACCUUUUGUCUCCUCUAAGGAAAAAACCUUUAGAAGACUUAGUCUGUAAACUUGCUGAGAUGAGUAUUAAUUAUGUCAAUGAACAAAAGUCAGAGCAACAUCUUAGGUUUCUUUCUACACUGCUCAACUCCUUCUCUUCAAGUCAGGUAUUUAAAAUGCUCCUUGGUGAUGAAAAACAGAGUAUUGUCAAAGCCAAACCUCUCGAAAUAGCCAAACUUGUACAAAAAAAUUCUGCGGUGCGGUUUUUAUACCAGAAACUAAUAGGUUGGCUAAAUGAAGAUCAAAGGAAGGAUGCUAGUGACCUGGUGGACAUUUUGUACAGUGCCCUCCGUUGCUGUGACAGUGAUAUGGAAAGAAAAGAUGUCUUGGAUGAUCUGACUGAGGUGGACCUGACGUGGAAUUCUCUUCUUCAGAUUAUUGAAAAGGCAUGUAUCAGUUCAGAUAAACUUGCUUUAGUAAUUCCUUGGCUAAGAGGUGAUAUCCUUGGAGACAAACUGGUAAACUUGGCAGAUUGUCUUUGUAAUAAGGACUUCAAAUCCACAGUAACUUCAGAAUCUUACUUCUCAGAAAGAUGGACUCUUCUAAGCUUGGUAUUAUCCCAACAUGUUAAAAACGAUUACUUGAUUGGAGAAGUAUAUGUUGAAAGAAUCAUUAUUAAACUUCAUGAAAGUUUAUCUAAAACAAAGAAAUUGUCAGAAGCUGAAAAUAGUGAUUCAUCAGUGUCUGAUAUAUGUGAUGUGGCCUAUAACUAUUUCAGCUCAGCGAAAGGAUGCUUGUUAAUGCCAUCAUCUGAAGAUUUAUUAUUAACUCUCUUUCAGUUAUGUGCUGAGAGUAAAGAAAAAACACAUUUGCCAGAUUUUCUUAUCUGUAAGCUGAAAAAUACUUUGCUGUCUGGUGUAAAUGUAUUGGUUCAUCGAACUGGCAGUACAUACAAACAGAGUACCUUCCUACGUCUGUCUGCUCUGUGGCUGAAGAACCAAGUUCAGUCUUCAUCUUUGGAUAUCAAAAGUCUUCAGGUCCUCUUGUCUGCUGUUGAAGAUUUGCUAAAUAAGUUUCUGGAGAGUGAAGAUACUUAUCUUCUGGGAGUUUAUAUUGGAAGUGUAAUGCCAAACAACUGUGAAUGGGAAAAGAUGAGACAGUCUCUCCCUAUGCAGUGGUUACAUAGACCUCUUUUAGAGGGAAGAUUGAGUUUGAAUUAUGAAUGUUUCAAAACAGAUUUUAAGGAGCAAGAUACAAAGACACUUCCCAGCCAUUUGUGUACUUCAGCAUUAUUGAGCAAAAUGGUUUUAGUUGCACUGAAAAAGGAAAUAGUCUUCGAAAAUAAUGAGCUUCAGGAAAUAAUUGCAGAACUGCUGUAUUCACUGCAGUGGUGUGAAGAAUUAGACAAUCCACCUAUUUUUCUAACUGGAUUUUGUGAAAUGCUUCAAAAAAUGAAUAUUACGUAUGAUAACUUACGUGUUCUUGGUAAUACUUCUGGCUUUUUGCAGCUGUUAUUUAACAGAUCCAGGGAAAAUGGCACACUUUGGUCUCUUAUUAUUGCUAAGUUGAUCCUUUCCCGAAGCAUUUCGUCUGAUGAAGUAAAACCACAUUAUAAGAGAAAAGAAGGUUUUUUUCCACUAACAGAAGGUAAUUUGCAUACUAUUCAAAGUUUGUGUCCGUUUUUGUCAAAAGAAGAAAAGAAAGAAUUUAGCGCUCAAUGUAUACCUGCUCUUUUGGGCUGGACUAAGAAAGAUCUUUGCAGUACUGAUGGGGGGUUUGGACAUCUUGCCAUUUUCAAUUCUUGUCUGCAAACAAGAAGUGUAGAUGAUGAAGAGCUAUUGCAUGGUAUAUUAAAAAUUAUAAUAUCCUGGAAGAAAGAGCAUGAAGACAUUUUUCUUUUCAGUUGUAAUCUAUCAGAAGCAAGGCCAGAGGAACUGGGUGUAAAUAUAGAAAUAAUUCGUUUCCUUUCCCUAUUUCUGAAAUAUUGUUCAUCUCCUUUGGCAGAGAGUGAAUGGGACUUCAUCAUGUGUUCCAUGUUGGCUUGGUUGGAGACAACAAGUGAGAAUCAGGCAUUGUAUUCUGUUCCACUUGUACAGCUGUUUGCCUGUGUCAGCUGUGAUUUGGCCUGUGAUCUCAGUGCUUUUUUUGAUUCCCCAACUCCGGACAUCAUUGGCAAUCUUCCUGUAAAUCUAAUCAGUGAAUGGAAAGGAUUUUUUUCCCAAGGCAUCCACAGUUUGCUUUUACCUAUUUUGGUGACUAUUACAGGAGAAAACAAAGAUAUAUCUGAAACAUCCUUUCAGAAUGCCAUGCUGAAGCCCAUGUGCGAAACAUUAACAUAUAUCUCAAAGGAUCAACUAUUGAGUCACAAACUUCCUGCAAGAUUGGUUGCUGGCCAAAAAACAAACUUGCCAGAAUAUCUCCAGACCUUAUUAAAUACAUUGGCCCCGUUACUUCUCUUCAGAGCUAGGCCUGUGCAAAUUGCUGUUUAUCAUAUGCUAUACAAAUUGAUGCCUGAAUUACCACAAUAUGACCAGGAUAAUCUAAAGUCAUAUGGAGAUGAAGAAGAAGAACCAGCCUUGUCGCCACCGGCAGUGCUGAUGUCUCUUCUUAGCAUUCAAGAGGACUUACUAGAAAAUGUUUUGGGGUGUAUUCCUGUUGGACAGAUAGUUACUAUUAAGCCACUGAGUGAAGACUUCUGUUAUGUUCUGGGAUAUCUCCUCACUUGGAAAUUAAUACUUACUUUCUUCAAAGCUGCUUCAUCCCAGCUUCGGGCUCUGUAUUCUAUGUACCUUCGGAAAACGAAGAGGUUAAAUAAAUUGCUCUAUCACCUGUUCAGGCUUAUGCCAGAAAACCCAACCUAUGCAGAGACAGCUACUGAGGUCUCAAAUAAGGACCCUAAAACAUUCUUUACUGAGGAGCUCCAGCUGACUAUUAGAGAAACAGCAGUUCUUCCAUACCAUAUUCCACAUUUGGCUUGUUCAGUCUAUCAUAUGACGUUAAAAGACUUGCCUGCCAUGGUUAGGCUGUGGUGGAAUAGCAGUGAAAAGCGUGUUUUCAAUAUUGUAGAUAGAUUUACAAGCAAGUAUGUCAGCAGUGUUCUUUCUUUUCAAGAAAUAUCUUCUGUGCAAACAAGUACACAACUAUUUAAUGGCAUGACGGUUAAAGCUCGAGCUGCUACUCGAGAAGUAAUGGCUACUUAUACUAUUGAGGACAUAGUCAUUGAGCUUAUAAUACAACUGCCUUCAAAUUAUCCACUGGGUUCAAUAACAGUGGAAAGUGGGAAGAGAGUUGGAGUGGCUGUUCAGCAGUGGCGGAACUGGAUGCUGCAGUUAAGCACCUACCUCACCCAUCAAAAUGGAAGUAUAAUGGAAGGUUUAGCAUUAUGGAAAAAUAAUGUAGACAAACGUUUUGAAGGUGUUGAAGAUUGUAUGAUCUGUUUCUCAGUCAUUCAUGGUUUCAACUAUUCUCUUCCCAAAAAAGCCUGUAGAACAUGUAAGAAAAAGUUCCAUUCAGCCUGCUUGUACAAAUGGUUUACAUCUAGCAACAAAUCCACUUGUCCACUCUGUCGUGAGACUUUUUUCUGAGAUUUUUUUUAUUGGCAGUAAUCCCUGAAGUAAAUCAAUCAAAGACAUUGGAUUUGGAUCCAUCUUAAAAUGUCGAUGUGAAGAAGCCAGUGAGAAUUGCUUUUAAAUAGAACCUUCUCUGGAAAAUUAUUUUGGUUAAUGAAAUGAUCCUAAAAUAAGGUUUACUUAUCUUUAGAUUACUUUGUAAAUGUUUGGAAACCUUUUCUUUUACAAAAGAGUAUUACAUAUUUGAGAGAAAAUAUUUAUAUUAAUGGUUUAAUCUCUUUGUAUAUUUAAAAAUAAAUAUGAAAAAAACCCUAAAUUAAAGGAUUGGAAUUUGUGAAAAAUUGUACAACUAUAUUAUACUGAUAAACCUAUUCAGUUUGUUGAUCUGUGUUCUAGAACAGUCCAAGUGAGGCAAAAUGAAUUGAGAAAGCUGAUUUAUAUCUACAGAUAUUUUAAGACUUAUUUAUUAGUAAUGACAAAAAAUUAGUAGUAUUCUGAUAUUUGUAGAUUAUUUUAAUGAUAGAAAUGAUACCAAACUAUUAAUAUGGCUUAUCUUAAGCUACUUGAGGCAUGUCCUGAAAUCCUGUAUAUAAAAGAGUGUAAACUGAACUAUAAGGUGCCUCCAUUUAUCAAGGGUUAUGAAAUUCAGAAAAUUAAAUUUAUGACACUGACCUCUAGCUUGUGGAAGAAUUAUUUUCAUGUAUUAGUGAAAUUUGAAUUGUAAACAUGUCACUGAAUUUAUUACUCAGUUUGAGCGAGUCUCCAGAGGGUGAGAAUUUGAGAGAAAUGGUAAUUUGAUUAUUUCAUUCAUGAAGCAGAGCGGUAGUUAUCCGUCUAUUGAGAGGGAAGAAGUAAAUGAGUAUUACUGAAACUUAAAGAUUGAUGGAAAAACAAAAUAUUUUAAAAAUGUUGUAGAAGGUUUUCAAUUUUGUAAGCAAAUUUUGAUAUUCUUACCAGCCAAAGUUCUACAAAUAAAAUUUGAUGGAGCUAAUUUUUUUCCAGCCUUCAGAAGAAAUGAAAGUUAAGAAUUUUAGUACUAAGUAAAAUUUAGUAUAACAGGCUGAUAUGGAGUAGGUAAAAACUUGCCUUUUGCCACAACACCAUUACCCUUAAAAAUUGUGCCCAAAAUAUGAAAGUUUGGAACUUGGAGUAAUUUUAUUGCAGUCUUCCAUUACAUGGGAAAUAGCAUAUCUAAAUAGCUACAUUGAAAGAUCAGCUAAUCAUUUGUGUUGCAAAUGUUUGAUUGGCAAAAAGCAACUCAUGUGAAAUAAAAUUACUGCUUACUAUCAACUGGGUAAAAUGACUGUUAUUGAAACAGUAUGACUGGUCAGAGGAUUAUAUUUGACAUUGAAGUAUUAUGUGUGAGUUAUAGAUCUCUUGAGUUGUAUUUGUAGAUGUAGUGCUGUCCCACUUUUGUUUGUCUCCUAAAUUUUUCUGUAUAGUAUUUAUCUUCUAGCCUUGAGGCUCAAUGAGUCAGUAAGUGAAGUACAGAUAGCAAAGUUCUACUACCUCUUCUUAACCCCUUUCUUAAAAUACUCUCUAUCUGUGUCUCUCUCUGACAUACUAAUCUCAAAAGGUUGUGUUAUUCCCCUAUGAAAGUUACACAUUUCUUUUAAAAAUGGCUUUAUAGUAAGACUUUAUUUAUAACCUUCCCAGUAUUGGUACUUCUUGGUUCUAACCCAAACCUCAAGUAGAAAAGAAAAGGGAAUAAUGGAAUGGUGUUUUCCACAUUAGGGUGUCAGGUUCUUAGUGAAACACUAUAAUUAAGUAAUUACAGUUAAAUAACUACUUUUCGUACUUAGGACUCUUAAUACAUUUAUUUAAGAUUGUAAGUAUAAUUGUAAAGCUUGUUACUGUUUAUAUGCUAAAGAAAAAGCUUUCCAAAAUAAGACUGAUAUUCAGAAUACCAUGUUAAGGUUUUAUUUAUAUAGCUUUGACAACUCUAACAAAAAGGAUAGCAGCCUUAAAAUUUUAGCAUAGGGACAUUUUAAAAUUGCAUGAGAUUCAAACCCCAUUAGCAAAAUUAUUGAUUUAAAACCCCAAAGUAGCGUGCCUGUAGUCCCACCUACUCGGGAGGGUGAGGCUGGAGGAUCGCUUGAGCCCAGGAAUUCUGGGCUGUAGUGCGCUAUGCCGAUCAGGUGUCCGCACUAAGUUCGGCAUCAAUAUGGUGACCUCCCAGGAGCGGGGGACCACCAGGUUGCCUAAGGAGGAGUGAACCGGCCCAGGGUGGAAACGGAGCAGGUCAAAACUCCCAUGCUGAUUAGUAGUGGGAUCGCGCCUGUGAAUAGCCACUGCACUCCAGCCUGGGCAACAUAGCGAGACCCUGUCUCUUAAAAAAAAAAAAACAAAAAAAAAAAAACCAAAGUAAAUUGCCAAUUUUAAAAUUUAUUUUUGACCCUGUUAUUUAUUAUAUGCUCUAAUGUAUGUACAUAAGUUUCUCUGGCUUAAAUAAUUACUAUGUUAUUACCUGAUACGUUUUUGUGGUG